AUGGGUGAAGAUAAUGAAAGAAAGCCUGUCAAUGUGCAUAUCAACAAUAAUGAGUCGAAUAGGUCUUUAAGUAGUAGAAGAUCGAGUACAUUAGCUUCUUUGAAGCUUCCUCUGGUUCCUUCAUCCGAAAAUGUCAUGACAUUCGGUAGUCUUAGGAACAGUAAUAGUAGUAUGGACUUCAACAAUCCUGAUCCACAGAUGGUUGGUGCUGUAGCGCGUCACUUGGUGAAAAAUUCUAACGAUUUGCAGUUACAAGGAGGCGAUAUGACACGAGAUUUAUACAAGUGGACUAAUGAGCAUCCUACCACGCCGUUACAGAGAUCGAAUCAAAACGUACCUUCAUCGCCUGUAAGGAAUGGGAAUAAUGAUUUUAGGAGAAGGAGAUCGAUGAGUUUUUCCGCUUUGUCAAUAAAUUCAGCUACUCUGAAUAAUUUAGUGAAUCCGGAACUCAAUAUUCCAAAUGAUAUGCCCACUGUAAUGAUGACACAUGAUGAAAUUAGAGCUCCAGGGGGGUUUAGGAGGUCUUUCAUAAUACAUAAACAUAGAAAGAGGAAAGAACUUCCGCCUAAUUUCAUCACUAGGAAUUUUAUCGAGUUUUUAACUUUGUAUGGUCAUUUCGCCGGUGAAGAUUUGGCAGAUUCUGAAGUCGAGGAAGAAGAAGAAUACGAUGAAGAAGAGGCUAUAGAGACAGAGACAGAGGCAUCGCUGCUAUUGACGAGGACCCCGUCAAUUUCGAGCAUUCGAGCAGCGCACAAAACUUCGACUUUCAAGGCCGUGUUACUUUUGCUUAAAUCAUUCGUGGGUACGGGUGUCUUAUUUUUACCAAAGGCUUUCAGUAAUGGUGGUUGGGGUUUUAGUUCUCUCUGUCUUCUAAUGUGUGCAGUACUCUCGUAUUAUUGCUUCAUACUUUUGAUCAUAACAAAAGAUAAAGUUGGCGUAGCCGGGUAUGGUGACAUGGGUGAAGUUUUAUAUGGCUCAAAGAUGAAGUUAGCGAUCUUGGCGUCGAUUGCCUUGUCCCAGAUCGGUUUCUCUGCCGCAUACACCGUAUUUACAGCAACAAACUUACAAGUAUUUUGCCAAGGCGCUUUAAAUUUGCCUGAUGGUAGUCUAGGUCUGGGUAUCUUCAUCGUCUUACAAGCUUUGAUUUUCAUUCCAUUGUCAUUAACGAGAAAUAUCGCAAAAUUGAGUGUGACUGCUCUUCUUGCAGAUCUUUUUAUUUUGUUGGGGUUGAUUUAUGUUUAUUACUAUGCCAUAUACUACGUUGCAAAAAAUUCUAUUGCAACAGCUACAAUGGUAUGGUUUAAUAAUUCAGACUGGUCACUUUUCAUCGGUACAGCAAUAUUCACAUUUGAAGGUAUCGGUCUUUUAAUCCCUAUUCAAGAAUCAAUGAGACAUCCAGAAAAAUUCCAGUCGUCAUUAUUUGGUGUUAUGUGUAUUGUAUCCGUGGUUUUCAUCUCAUGUGGUCUAUUAUGUUACUCUGCAUUUGGUUCAAACGUUCAAACAGUCGUUUUAUUGAACUUCCCGCAAGAUAGUCCCUACACACUGCUUGUGCAGCUAUUUUAUUCAAUGGCUAUCCUACUGUCAACACCUUUACAGCUCUUCCCUGCAAUUAGAAUCUUGGAACACUGGACAUUUCCAUCGAAUGCAUCAGGGAAAUACAAUCCCAAAAUUAAGUGGAGAAAGAACUAUUUCCGUUGUAUAAUUGUAGUUUUAACAUCUGUACUUGCAUGGGUUGGUGCUAGCAAUUUGGACAAGUUUGUAUCGCUGGUGGGGUCACUCGCUUGUAUACCAUUGAUUUAUAUUCAUCCCCCACUACUCCAUUUCAAAGCUUUCAAAGAUGACCAGGAUACAAGAUAUUGGAGCUUAAUAUGUGAUAUUCUGCUCCUAGCUUUUGGUGUGGGAGUUAUGACCUAUACUUCAGUACAGACAUUAUUUGUCUGA